CCUCCUCCUCCACCAUGAGCUGCGAGCAGGAGUUUGGAGACGGAGCCAUGGGAGUCACGCUCACGCUGCGCCUCCUCAUGCACGGAAAGGAAGUAGGAAGCAUCAUCGGCAAGAAAGGUGAAACCGUGAAGAGAAUACGAGAGGAGAGCAGUGCCAGGAUCAACAUCUCAGAGGGUUCCUGUCCAGAGAGGAUCAUCACCAUCACGGGGCAGACGGACUGCGUGUUCAGAGCCUUCACCAUGAUCACCUUCAAGCUGGAGGAGGACCUGGCGGCGCUGGUGGCCAACGGCACGGUGAGCAGCAAGCCGCCCGUCACGCUGCGGCUGGUCAUCCCGGCCAGUCAGUGCGGCUCUCUCAUCGGAAAGGGCGGGUCUAAGAUCAAGGAGAUCAGGGAGACAACAGGUGCCCAGGUGCAGGUGGCAGGUGACCUCCUGCCCAACUCCACAGAGAGAGAGGUGACGAUAUCAGGGAGCCAGGACGCCAUCAUCCAGUGUGUUAAACUCAUCUGCACUGUGAUCUUAGAGUCUCCUCCGAAGGGAGCCACCAUUCCUUACCGACCCACCCCGACGCCGGGUACCAUGCUGCUGUCGGGAAACCAGACAUACGCAGUACAGAGUCACUACGGCAUUCCACAUUCAGAGUUAGCAAAGCUUCACCAGUUGUCAAUGCACCCCCUCUCUUUCUCCCCCCCCCCCCCCCCCCCCCCCCCCUCAGGUGGGCUGGACGCCAACUCCCAGACCACGUCUCAGGAGCUCCUCAUUCCAAAUGACCUGAUCGGCUCCAUCAUCGGCCGCCAGGGCACCAAGAUAAACGAGAUCCGGCAGGUGUCGGGGGCUCAGAUCAAGAUCGGGAGCCAGAUCGACAGCACCAGCGACCGACACGUCACCAUCACCGGCACGCCGAUCGCCAUCAACCUGGCCCAGUACCUGAUCACCUCGUGUUUAGAGACCGCCAAAUCCACCGCCCAGUCCUCCUCCAUGCCGCCUCCCGUUGACCUGACCAUGAGCUUCACCCAGCCCGCCCCCCCCGCCUCCUCCUCCCCCCUGGCAGCGAUGGGCGCCGCCAUGCCCCACGCUCAAAUGCUGGGCUCCCCCUACGCCCUCCCCCUGUCCAGCCUCCUGGGAAUGAAAUCAUUCCCUUACCUGGCACUCUCCAACCCUUCCGCCUCAGCUCACGCGGCGGCGGCCCUGGCGUCCUACACGGCCAAGAUCUCGUCUUCAGCCAACGGGAUGAAGAAGCCGGAGAGACAGAAGUUCGCGCCGUACUAA